GGAGGAUUUAGGCAGACGAACCGGAAGUUGCUCGAAACUUUGCGGAAUGUGAGUUGAAACACAGCUUCCGUUACCCACGUGUGUACGAUGUAACGAGGGGAAAAUAAUCUUAAUAAAACAAAUAUUAGAUAAAAGUCUCGGUGUGUAAAUAGAGAGUGAUAUAAAAUGGCGGAUUUGGUGCAGCAGCGGAUUGAGGAGCGGCUUCCGGCGCUGGAGCAGCUGGAGAGAGUCGGACUGUUCACCAAGAAAGAAGUGAAAUCGAUGCUGAAAAGAUCCACAGCUCUGGAAUAUAAACUCCACAGAUCCGUGCAGAGUAAAGAAGAUUACAUUAGCUACAUUCAGUAUGAAGUAAACGUGCUGGAGCUCAUCAAGAAGAGAAGAGCCAGAAUCGGCUACCACUUCAAAAGGGAGGACAUCGAGUUCAACAUCAUCCAGAGAAUCAACAGCGUGUUCAGGAGGGCGACGUCGAAGUGGCAGGAGGAUGUCCAGCUGUGGCUCUCUCAGGUCGCUUUCUGUAAGAAAUGGGGAACGAAGGGUCAACUCAGCAAGGUCUUCUCCUCCAUGCUGGCCGUCCACCCCGACAAACACAAUUUAUGGAUCAUGGCAGCCAAGUGUGAGAUGGAGGACAGGAAUUCGUCUGAAAGUGCUCGCCACCUCUUUCUCAGAGCGCUGCGCUUCCAUCCGGAGAACAAGAAGGUUUACCAGGAGUAUUUCCGGAUGGAGCUGAUGCAUGCCGAGAAACUGCGGAAACAACAGCAGGAACUGGAACGUGCCAAAAUCGACAUUGGUGAGUACGAGUUUUCUCCAGAGAUCCUGAGCGGCCGGUUGGCUGAAGUCGUCUAUAAAGACGCCACGCAGAAAAUUAAAGGGGCGGAGUUUAUGCUCUCACUGCUCCAGAUCGCUGCCAUUUUUGACUUCACCAAGGAGCUGCAGGACUCCAUCCUACAGGAUCUGCAGAAUCAGCACACUGACGACUCCGUGACCUGGGACUUCAUGGCUCGGCGGGAGUUGGUGGUAGGCGGGGCUCCUGACCUGCACUUGGCGCAGAGACAGGCCGCUGACAUCGUGAGCAGAGAGGAGCGCUGUGGCGCCGUGUACGAGGAGGGGCUCAAGAACCUCAACACAGAACCCAUGUGGACGUGUUACGUGACGUUCUGCUUGGCCAGAUUUAAGAGGAAGACGAACGUCACUGAGCUGAAGGAAAAGAGAAGAGAGCGGCUGCUCGGUGUCCUUCAGAGAGCUCAUGAUGCCUCACUGCUGCAAGAGGCUUUCUACAGGACCUGGCUGGAUGUCUUGAUCUCCUCUGAGAAAACAGAAGUUGCUGUUCAGGUCGCCGUAGAAGCCACUAAACGCUUCAGCCAAUCGGUGGAGACGUGGACGUUGAGUUUGCAGACGCUGGUGCAGCUACAGAGCGAGGAGGCGGGGCCUCUGUUCCAGGAAGCGCUAAAGCUCGUGAAUCCCAAGGACAGUCUCCCGCUGUGGAACCUUCAGGCCGAGUGGAGCGUCGUGUCGCAGCCCCCAGAGGAGACCGAAGCUCUGUUUCAGAAAGCUCUGGUGUGUCCGGUCCCGGCCGUCUCCACGGCGCUGAAGGAAAUGUACCUGCAGUGGGCUUACAGAACCGGCGGCUACAAAAAAGCCAGGAAACUUUUCACCAGCCUGCACGAGCAUCGCCCUUUCUCCAAAACCUUCUUCACCACCAUGGUUCAGAUCGAGAAACAACAAGAGAAGCCGAAGAUGAGUCACCUGAGAGAUUACUACGAGCGAGCGCUGCGUGAGUUCGGCUCGUCCUCAGACGAUCUAUGGAUGGAUUACAUUAAAGAGGAGCUGGGUACCCAUGGCAACGCUGAGAAUUGUGGGAAACUCCACUGGAGGGCCAUGAAGAGCCUGACCGGAGAGAGUGUGGAGCGCUUCACAACACAAUACACACUCCUGCAGACUGGACACAUCUAAACACACACACACACACACACACCAUGAACCUCUAUCCUGAAGUGUAAAAAAAAAACGCCGUAGUGUUAGAGGAACAGUUCAGAUGUUGUGCAGGUUUUAUAUAUUAAACGAGUUGAUUUAUUUAAUAAACGUGACCUUUAGUACACCCCCCCCCCCCCCCAUGUCCUGAUAGGCCCACGUUUCACCCGCCGCUGUAAAACUGAUCCUCAGCGUUUAGUGGAAGAUUUAAUUGUGUUGUGUCUCUGCCCCCCCUUUUUGAGAUUACAUCUGUGUGUGGUAUUUUGCAUUUCAUUGGUGUUUCACACAGUUGCUUUGUGGAUUUUGUUUCAGAAAUAAACACUUUGUCGUGG